UGGGAGACAGCCAGGAGGAGUCAGGGCAGAGCCAAACUGCCAGAGCCAGAGCAGCUGAAAGGCAGAACCCACAGUCCUACCAGGGAGGAAUGUGUCUCUGGCUGAGAGAAGAUUUGGAACUUCCUGAAUUGGAAAGAUAAAAGAUGAAGGAGACGGCCUGUUAGAAACCACUUGUAGCAGCCCGAAAAGAUUUUGAGCUCCAAAAGACAUCUAAUGGCCUUUUGAUUCUGGUUUUGGGGCCUGAAUUUGGGAAAGGAAGAAUCAAGACUAGUAGAGACAAGAUAGAGAAAACUCAUGUCCUAGCCUCUGUCCAACUCCAUUUCGAAAUGGAAGCAACUGGGGCCUUCAGCAAUAAUAGUCACAGAAACUGCACAAUAGAAAACUUCAAGAAGGAGUUUUACCCCAUUAUAUACCUGAUAAUAUUUGUCUGGGGAGCCUUGGGAAAUGGCUUUUCCAUAUAUGUCUUUCUACAGACUUAUAAGAAGUCCACAUCUGUGAAUGUUUUCAUGCUCAACCUGGCCAUUUCGGAUUUCCUGUUCAUAAGUACCCUGCCAUUCAGGGCUGACUAUUAUUUCAGAGGCUCCAACUGGAUAUUUGGGGACCUGGCCUGCAGAAUAAUGUCUUAUUCCUUAUAUGUCAACAUGUACACUAGCAUUUAUUUCCUAACUGUGCUGAGUGUUGUGCGUUUCCUGGCCACUGUUCACCCCUUCCAGCUGCUACAUGUCACCAGCGUCAGGAGUGCCUGGAUCCUCUGUGGGAUCAUAUGGAUCUUUAUCAUGGCUUCCUCAGUGAUGCUUCUGAAGAAUGGCUACGAGAAGAAGAACAACAUUAUAUCAUGCUUGGAGCUGAAUCCCCAAAAGUUUAAUAAGCUCCUGAUCAUGAACCACAUUGCGUUAGUGGCAGGCUUUCUGCUUCCAUUUUUCACACUUACCAUCUGCUACCUGCUGAUCAUCCGGGUCUUGUUAAAGGUGGAGAUUCCAGAAUCAGGUCUGCGAGCUUCUCAUAAGAAGGCACUGAUCACCAUCAUCAUUGCCAUGAUCAUCUUCCUCCUCUGUUUCCUGCCUUACCACGCACUGAGGACCCUCCACUUGGUCACAUGGAAUGAAUAUUCAUGUGGAGAUGAGUUACAUAAGGCCAUGGUCAUCACACUGGCUUUGGCUGCAGCUAAUAGCUGUUUUAAUCCCUUUCUCUAUUAUUUUGCUGGGGAAAAUUUUAAAGAUCGGUUAAGGGAUAUAUUCAGCAAAGAUCAUCUACAGAAAGCAAAGGCAAAGUGCAGCCUUCCAUUUCGUGUAUAGCUAAAGAAGAGAAGUAAGGGUGUGUGGGGGCUGUUACACAGGUGUGCUCUUGAAUCUUCGUGUCCACCUUCAUCCACUCAUGGUCUCCAAAUUACUUUGUGUUUGCAAUGUAACCAAUAAAUGUUGGUCCCCAACAUUUAAUUGACCACAACUUAUGCUAA